UUUGUGGACUUCUUGGGCUCACUGCUGAACUUAGGAAAUGUGGAGGUGUGACCAGUUUUCAGUCUUCUAAACCAAGAUGAACUGCCCUUGAGAAGGGUAGUCGGUGAGGAAACAUGUUCACGCUCUCUCUCCUGAGCCGGGGACAUGGAAAAUUGGUGCAGAACAAACAGAAGUUAGAAGUCUAUUUGGAACCAGAGGAUUACUUGAACUGGAAAUCCCCAGAAGAUUAUGUCCUGGUCAGCAAACCACAGAAUGAGGGCAAUGCCAGCCAGCACACGUGGAGCCUUUUUCUCCCCAAAACAUUCAGCACUAGAAAAGGUGCCCUGAUCCUCUAUUCAGAAGGCUUAGCCAUGUCAGCAUGGGCCCCUGAAGAGAAGAGAAGAGUCCCCCGGCACCUCAAAAGCCACAGGAAGAGGCUAGACCUUGAACUGCAUACACUACAGGACCUCAAAGAAGCCAUCCUGGCCUAUGGAAGGAGACAGAGAGAGCAGGACAGAGGCUGGCAACCGUACCUCCACUUUCAGAGCCAACCAGAGAACCAGGCCCAACGGCAGAUCCAACCUGGGCACUCAGCCAAGAGAUACCUCCGAGGCCUCUUGCGGACAUGGCCCCCUGGCACCAUGUACAGGCUCCACUGUGCAGGAUGCAUCAAGGACUCUCUGCUGCUCCAGGACAGUCAACUUCAAGUCCCAAAGAGUCUUAGGCCACAACAGGACCUGUCAGGAGUACCCCCAAAAUACCAUCUCCUGCCUGUCUUCCCUCCAUUUUGGACUCAACAAGGAAAAUGUUUUGAAGAAGAUCAUCAGGGAAUGGAUGGCAGGGAAGCUGGGGCUGGUGGACACGUCGACCAGGGCUUCACAGCCAAGAACCAUAGCAGUCAGUGGACUCACUUGCCACCACUCAGGAAGCAACGACUGCAGAAAGAAGAAACCCAGGAAGAGGACACGUCAAUAGAGAAUCACCACCGUAUACAUGCUUCAAAGGAAAGUCACAAUGAAAAAACGCAGCAAACCUCCAGGAGGGCCUUUGGGCAUGCCUACAUCGAUUAUUCUUGGCUCUUGAGUGACAAAUCCCAUGUUACAUUCUAUGGAGGCGCCUUCCCCAACAGGAAGGCAGACAUCAGUGACAAGCUAGGAAAUGUGAAACUCCACAAGGGCAGAAGCAGCUUCUUGUUACAGGAUUCACCUGCUGAAAGAUGCCUUUUCCCUCCUGUAGCAUCUGCCACUGGCUCAGAAAGUAACACACCUGUGGAAAUGGAGAAGAAAAAGGUCCCAAAGGCUUUGAAAUUACCUCCAAUCUCAGAAGAAACACACAGAGUGCUGGCCCCCCUGAAGAGUCAGUUUAAAGCCAAUGAACCCCCAGAAGAGCUCUUCAUUUUCCCAGUGGAGAUUCACUUCCAUACCCAUCACUACCCAAAAGAAAAAGCCCACGGAAGAGGUGCAUCUCAGCCUGCGUCGGGACCAGAAGCAGAAGAUGCCAGGCCUUCAGGGAAACUCCCUCUGAAGCGUGCGUCCUUCUGGAGGCUAAAGGGCUUAGCAGGGCAUCUCCCAGUGGACACAAGCAGAGACACCAUCUCUCCACAAGAUGCUGCUGCCCCACCACCGGCUCUUCCAUCCCAGACUGAAGGAAGAAGAAGCCCAGAGAGCCAGCAGCAUCCAGACCCUACACCAGGUCACUUCAGCCCCAAAGGCUUCCUGAACGCACAGUCACCCAGGAGAACUCUCCCGGCAGAAGCAUCCAGAGACCUGGGACACUUCUUAUGGGGUCCAGAUGGAGAAAAUGUCUGCCUUUCCCUCCCAGAGCCCCUCUCAACCCAGGAACUGCUGCUACAUGAAGCAAACACUGAAUCUGGAACCAAUCUUCACGUGGAUGUUAACGAAACCUCAGUGCUGAUUCAGAAAACAGAGAAGCAGAGAACCCAGCAGUCCUUGGAGGCAGCAGCUCAGAAGACAGAAGAGCCUCAAAGUUGUAUAAAUAAUGGGCUGACACAUUCAAACAGAAAGGAAUUUUACACGCGCAAGCUGCACAUCGACAUGACGCCGUUCCUGAAGGAAAGUGCAGAUGAACUGGACUGUCCAGAAGAAACAGAAGGACCUUUUAAAGAAGAUCAGGAUACCAAAGACCAGGAGACCAGGGGUGCUUCCCUGGACGAGGACCAGCAGAUGGCUGAGGCAGAUGCUGGGCAAAAGGUGCACACAGAAUAUGAUACACACCAUCUAGGGAAAGAACUCCCAGGACAUGGGUCUGAGUCCCCAAGGAGGUUGAAUCCUAUUGAUCCAUCUCUUCUUCCAAGUGAAAAAAAAAGGAAGACUGACUCAAGAUUGUUCCAUCAACAGACCUUAGCUAAGAUCAGUCACGAGGAGAUGGACUUGACUGACAAAGCCAAGAAAAAGAAGGUCACCAAGACAGACAAGUUCAGUGUACCCAGAAAUGAGAGGGAAGGAAAAGUCCACAGGGAAGCAAAGCCUGCUGGGGGAAAGUCAAAGGAACCAAAGGCUGAAAUUCCCAAAGGAAAAAAAACAGGAACCAAAAGAAAAAAGAUAAAGAAGGAACGGAAUCUGGUGACAGCAGCAGAGCUGUGUGGGCCUGAUGCCAUUAUUCCUAAGGAAACAGAAAACACCUCAGAUGAAGGUUACUUUCCUUCAAGCUCUGUUAUAGAGGAUGCUGUGUUUCCUCCCAGAUACGAUGCUCCGGAAAGCCAAGUUUCUAUAGAUGGAAGAUCCUCACCCACUGAGACUGUAACUGUCCCUGAAAAUGUGGAAUCUAAAGAAGAGAAAAGACUCGAGGACCCUUCCAAGGGCCUCCUCCCUAGGAAGGAACACCAGGACCGACUGCGAGCAGAACGGGCUGAGAUGCGACGGCUGGAGGUGGAGAGGAAGAGAAGGGAGCAGGAGGAGCAGUGGAGGCUCCAGCAGGAACAGUUGGAGAGAGCAGAAAAGAUGAAGGAGGAGCUGGAGAUGGAGCAACAAAGGCGCGCUGAGGAGAUCCGAUUAAGGAAACAGAGACUUGAAGAAGAAAGACAGAGGCAGGAAGAGGAGGAGAGAAGACAGCGGCUCCAUUUGCAGAUGGCCCAGGAGAGAGCCCGCCAGCAACAGGAGGAGUUCCGGAGGAAACUGCAAGAGCGUCUGAGAAAAAAACAGGAGGAAGAUGCCAGGAGGGCUGAGGAAGAGAAGCAAAGGCAAAAGGAAUUGGAAAUGCAGUUAGCGGAAGAACAAAAACACCUGAUGGAGAUGGCUGAAGAAGAACGCCUGGAGUACCUGAGGCAGAAAAAAGAAGCUGAAGAGAAGGCUCAGCUGGAAGCAGAGGAGAGAAGGCAAAAGGAAGAGGAAGCUGCAAGACUGUCUCUGGAGGAAGCCAUGAAACGAGCCCAAGAAGAAGCCAGGCAAAAGUCUGCUUUGAAGAAACAUCUUCAUUUUCAUCAAGAACUCCGUAAGGAGACCAGAGGAUUGCAGUGGACACAGAACAUUUCAAGACCAUGGGUCUACUCUUACUUCCAACUCCUACAAAGACCCAGAUCAUAAGGCUAGAAGAAAAUUCAAUAAAAAGAAGACGUUUUUAAAAAUGUGUGCCUGUAGCAAUCCAGCAGGAACCAUCAGAAACAUCCUAAAUAGAAUUUCAAGGAGC